AUGGCUGGUCUGAAUGUCUCAAUUGCCUUUUUUUCCUCUGUGGUAGCCCUUUGUGAGGUGACCAGAUGGUUCUCCAGAAGAAUUUUUCCUCCAAAGGUAUACUUAUGUCUUGCUAGAGAACUGGCCAGCUCGUUCCAGAUGUGUGCUUGCUGUCUUGAACUAAAGAUGCUGGUGAUGGUUGGUCCCUGGGGUGGUGGCUUUGGCCCAGAUGUGAGCCUAACCCUCCUCUUUAUUAUCUUCUUGGUUCAUGGAGUCUCAUUUGAUGGAGCUUCUGCUAAUCCUACACUCUCACUCCAGGAAUUUCUAGUGCUGGAUUCUUCUUUUGUGGUGACUGUUGCCAAACUUUUGGCCCAGUUCAUGGGAAUGGGAGCAGCCUGGGCCAUUACCAAGCAAUAUUGGUCGUGGGAAUUGACAGACUUCCACAUGAUCCAGAACUUAAUAGCCCAAGACUGUGGUUCUUCUCUCAGCACCUCUGCCUCCCAGGGCAUCUUUGUGGAAGCCACAUGUUCAUUCUUUUUCCAACUAGUGGUUCUCAGCUUCAAGGCUAGCUAUCCCAUGUACAGAAUCCCUAUCACAGCACUUGCUGUUACCAUUUUGACCUAUACAGCUGCACCUUUCACAGGAGCCUUUUUCAACCCUGCCCUGGCCUCUGCUGUGACCUUUCCCUGCUCUGGGAAUAGUUUACUGGAGUACAUGCAGGUGUAUUGGCUGGGACCCAUCACAGGGAUGCUGAUUGCAGUCUUCGUAUAUCAAGGAAAUAUCCCACGACUCUUUCAAAAAAAUCUGAUCUACAGUCAAAAGAAUAAAUACAGGACACCCAAGGGGAAAGUGUUUCCUGCAUCUGGCACCUAGUGGAGACCAGCAGAAACAGAGAUGACCAGCUGUUCAGGAUCAACAGAGUGGUUUUGGGGAUACGCUUCAUACUAUAGGAUGCUUGUGACAGUGUGUACAUUGCUGACUGUGUAAUGAGGUGUCACUGGUACCAUUUCCAUAUUUAAUUACUACGAUAUUUAUAUCUGACUUUUCCUUGUGGCUAAAGGUGGCUUACAAUAACAGUUAAAAUGAAAAAUAAAAUAGCAAACCCUGCAUCUCUCCCACUUUCUCUCCUAAAAGAUUCCCUGCCAUUCAAACCCCUCAACUGCCCUGGCAAAGAAGCAGGCCUUGCAGUGCCUUCUAAAUCUUCACAGAGGGCCCACUCUUUUCCUCUUCAGGGAGCCCAUUCCUCAGAGUUAGAACCACAAUAGAAGAAGCCUGCUCUCUGGUUGAUGUCAGACAGGCAACCCUAGUAAGUGGUGGGCUAACCAACAAAUGACUGCCUGAUUAUUGUAGCUGGUUUAGAUGGUCACAUAGAAGAAGACUGUUCUUCAAAUAUCUGGAUCCAGGAUUUUGAAGGGCUUUAAAGCUCAUAACCAGCACCUAGAAUUGAACUUGAUACAUGUUAUAAGAACCAUCUUAUUGUCUUACUGUUCUGACACAAUUAAUCACAACUUUCUGCCCUUCAUGCCUGCUUCUCUGAGUUGCUGCUUUUUAGAAAAGGGAAUCCUACUCUGUGAAAUAGUAGAAGCUUGGUUCAGGCCUUUUGCAAACAGGUAGGCAUUAACCAAUUUUUUU